UAGAAAAUCGUCAUCUGAGCACCUCCUCCGGCCGCCGCCAUAGAUCCAUGAGCGACCGAUCCAUUGAAACAGGAAAAAGGGGAAAUGGGGUUUCGUGUUGUGCUAUGAAUCUUGGCUCAAGCGAUCCAUGGAGACAGUGUCCACUUUUACACAGACCUGCAAUCUCCUCAGCCAGUACUUGAAGGCCGGGAAGGCCACCCUGGGAGAUAUCGGCAUCGGCGCUAAGCUCGAUCAUCAUCAGCCUCCAAUUAAUUGCAACAAAUCAUCAGUUGCUGCUGUGCCGACCACGAUGCUGGACCUUCUGCCCGGCAUUGGAAGCUCCUCCCCCAAUCGGGAGGCAGAGAGCAGCGACGGGAAGCCGUCGCCAUCACCGUUGCCUCUGUUCGCCGGGUAUGGAUCUACGGUGGCGGCCGGAGGAGGUGCUCAGAUGACGAUUGAAGGUGAUUGUGUUCAACGAUUUCCCGGGGGAGAAGGCCAAGGAGAUUAACAAUAACGCGGCGGCGACAGUGGCUUCCUCGUCUUCGUCCAUGAGCGACCGACCAAUCGAGCAACCGAGAGUAUUCUCCGUUUGUUCUUAAUUUUAAUAAUUUAUAAUUUUAUUU